UGCCUCUGUUGCAGUGGUGGAACAGGAAGUUCCGGGAAGGCGAGUGAACUGUGUGGUAAAGACGAUAUAUUUUGUGUCAGUUUCACAUGUAUUACUACAGGCCGACUCAGAUUAAGUGUGAGGCCGGUAACAUCAACAGUGAGGACAAACCCAGCCUGCCUCUCCUUCCACACUGAGUCCAAACCUUCAGUCACUGGGUCCUGAUUGUGACAGUGGAGCCCAGUUUGCACUGCAGGAUCCAGAGAUGUCAUCAGUGAAGCUGGAAGACUGCAGUCAAACACUGGAGCUGAAUGUCAACAUUAAAGAUGAAGAAGUGGAGGAGAAGAUUGGGAAAUCUCUUUCUCAUGGCCGACUCAGAUUAAGUCUAAGUCCGGUAACAUCAACAGUGAAGACAAACCCAGCCUGCCUCUCUCCUUCCACACUGAGUCCAAACCUACAGUCAUUAGGUCCUGAUUGUGACAGUGGAGCCCAGUUUACACUGCAGGAUCCAGAGAUGGCAUCAGUGAAGCUGGAAGACUGCAGUCAAACACUGGAGCUGAACGUCAACAUUAAAGAUGAAGAAGAGGAGGAGAAGAUUGGGACAUCUGUUUCUCAUGGACGACUAGAAUUAAGUCUGAGGCCGGUAACAUCAACAGUGAGGACAAACCCAGCCUGCCUCUCUCCUUCCACACUGAGUCUAAAUCUACAGUCACUGGGUCCUGAUUGUUACAGUGGAGCCCAGUUUGCACUGCAGGAUCCAGAGAUGUCAUCAGUGAAGCUGGAAGACUGCAGUCAAACACUGGAGCUGAAUGUCAACAUUAAAGAUGAAGAAGAAGAGGAGAAGAUUGGGAAAUCUGUUAAUCAUGGACACCGUGUUGAGACAUUCUCUACAUCCAGAGAGCAACAGCAGGAAGAUCACAGAGCUAAGAGGUCUCACCACUGCCCACAUUGUGAGGAGAUUUUCCCAAUUCUAUCAAAGCUAAAAAUACACCUAAAAAUGCAAAGAAGAGAGAAUCUGUAUUCCUGCACUGACUGUGAGAAGAGCUUCACAACAUCAAGAGCUCUGACAGUUCAUCAGAGAGAGCACACUGGAGAAAAGCCUUACUCCUGCACUGACUGUGGGAAAUGCUUCAAUAGAUCAUCUAAAUUAACCAUUCAUCAGAGAGUGCACACAGGAGAGAAGCCUUACUCCUGCUCUGACUGUGGAUCGAGUUUCUCCCAAUAUGGCCACUUAAAAUCACACCAACGUAUACACACCGGAGAGAAGCCAUACUUCUGCGCUGACUGUGGGAAUAGCUUCACAACAUCGAGGGCUCUGACAAUUCAUCAGAGAGUGCACACAGGAGAGAAGCCUUAUUUCUGCUCUGAUUGUGGAAAGAGUUUCUCCCGAUUGGAUACCUUAAAAAAUCACCAAUUAAUACAUAAAGGACAGAAGCCUUACUCCUGCUCUGACUGUGGGAAAUGCUUCAUUAAAUCAGCUAAAUUAACCAUUCAUCAGAGAGUGCACACUGGAGAGAAGCCUUACACCUGCUCUGACUGUGGAGAGAGUUUCUCCCGAUUGGAUGCCUUAAAAAGUCACCAACUAAUACAUAAAGGACAGAAACCUUACGUCUGCUCUGACUGUGGGAAAAGUUUCUCUCAACUGGGCAACUUAAAAACCCACCAACGUAUACACUCAGGAGAGAAACCAUUCUCCUGUUCUGACUGUGGGAAAGGAUUCUCCGUAUCGGGCAACCUAAAAACCCACCAACGUAUACAUAAAGGAGAGAAGCCAUUCUCCUGCUCUGACUGUGGGAAGAGUUUCUCCAUGUCAGGCAACUUAAAAACCCACCUACGUAUCCAUAAAGGAGAGAAGCCUUACUCCUGCUCUGACUGUGGGAAAUGCUUCAAAACAUCAGCAGAGGUAAAUGUUCAUUGGAGAACACACACAGGAGAGAAGCCUUACCACUGUGACUGUGGGAAAAGUUUCUCCAGAUUGAAUACCUUAAAAACCCACCAACGUAUACACACAGGCGAGAAGCCAUUCUCCUGUUCUGUCUGUGGGAAGAGUUUCUCUGUAUCGUGCAACCUAAAAACCCACCAACGUAUACACACAGGAGAGAAGCCAUUCUCCUGCUCUGACUGUGGGAAGAGUUUCUCCAUAUCGGGCAACCUAAAAACCCACCAAUGUAUACAUAAAGGAGAGAACCCUCACUCCUGCUCUGAUCGUGGUAAAUGCUGAGGUAAACGUUCAUCGCAGAACACACAGGAGAGAAGCCUUACCACUGUCACUGUGGACAAGAGUUUCUCCAGAUUGAAUACCUUAAAAACACACCCACAUAUACAUAAAGGAGAGAAGCAUCAUCCGUUCUCUCAGACCAGCUAAGAUUAAUGUCACUCCAUCACUUAAUUCUCAUCUCAUGAAGGAAGUAGUAACAGUUCAUUUGAUCAAAAGAAGAAAGCAUAGCACACUGUUGUUUCUCACUGUGCAGUGGAAAGGGAACGUUUUCUACAAAGUUAGCCUCUACUUUACUGAUCAGUGUGUUUUGUUAGCUUCGACUGUAGAGAUAUUGAGAUCACCAUGGAUUUGCCCUUAGGGUUGAAUACCCUCUGCGGUGUCUCUCAUUGAAACAAUAAAGUCUGAGGGUUGACUGUGGUAGUACUGCUUUCAUCUAAAGUUUUCUGUGGGAAUGAGUUAGUAGACACAACAUGUAUCAGAUAGAGAUGAUGUGAUGAUCAGUUUUCUGUGGGAAUGAGUUAGUAGACACAACAUGUAUCAGAUAGAGAUGAUGUGAUGAUCAGUUUUCUGUGGGAAUGAGUUAGUAGAUACAACAUGUAUCAGAUAGAGAUGGUGUGAUGAUCAGUUUUCUGUGGGAAUGAGUUAGUAGAUACAACAUGUAUCAGAUAGAGAUGAUGUGAUGAUCAGUUUUCUGUGGGAAUGAGUUAGUAGACACAACAUGUAUCAGAUAGAGAUGAUGUGAUGAUCAGUGUUCUGUGGGAAUGAGUUAGUAGACACAACAUGUAUCAGAUAGAGAUCAUCACAUCAUCAGUUUUCACCAUACAUUUGGCUGGAUUAUUUGUUGCUACUAAUUACUAUUUGUUUAAUGAUACACAGGCUAUGAAACGACUAUAUGUUUAUUAAGUUGUCUUUUUAAAACUACAUUUGUUAUUUUAGUCAUUGAUGAUGAACAUGUUUGGAUAACUGCAUUGAUCUGCCAAUACAUUUUCUAUGUGUAUUUGUGUUGGUCAA